UACAAACCAGGAGGAGGGUCUCUAACCUCUUUCCCUUUCUAAAUCCGCUUCAGAAGCUCAAAAAGUCGAGUGACCAUGUCUGACGGGGAAGCUGAAACCCUGCGAAGCACCUUUCCCUCUUACAUGGCAGAGGGCGAGAGGCUGUAUCUGUGCGGGGAGUACACUAAGGCCGCCCAAAGCUUUGGCAACGCUCUUCACCUUCAGAACGGAGAUAAGAACUGCCUGGUUGCCCGCUCCAAGUGCUUUCUGAAGAUGGGAGACUUGGAGAAAUCUUUGAAUGAUGCUGAAGCCUCACUCCAGAGUGACCCGACUUUCUGCAAGGGGAUCUUGCAGAAGGCUGAGACCCUGUACACCAUGGGCGACUUUGAGUUUGCCUUGGUGUUCUAUCAUCGAGGCUACAAACUGAGACCCGACCGGGAAUUCAAAGUUGGAAUUCAGAAAGCCCAGGAGGCUAUCAAUAACUCGGUGGGAAGCCCUUCUUCAAUUAAGCUGGAGAACAAAGGAGACCUCUCCUUCUUAAGCAAGCAGGCUGAGAGUAAGAAAGCCCAGCAGAAGCCUCUGCCUGUGAAGCAACUCUUAUACAACACCAAACAUGAAAGCAAGCGAAAGGGCUCGCUCAAGAGUGAGAAGACAAUCCGGCAGCUGCUCGGGGAGUUGUACGUGGACAAGGAAUACCUGGAGAAGCUCCUUCUGGAUGAAGACCUCAUCAAAGGCACCAUCAAGAACGGCCUAACGGUGGAGGAUCUUAUCAUGUCGGGCAUCAACUACCUAGACACCCGCAGCAACUUCUGGAGGCAGCAGAAGCCCAUCUACGCCAGGGAGAGAGACCGGAAGCUGAUGCAAGAGAAGUGGCUGAGGGACCGGAAACGCAGCCCCUCGCAGACAGCCCACUACAUCCUCAAAAGCCUAGAGGACAUUGACAUGUUGUUGACCAGCGGCAGUGCUGAAGGGAGCCUCCAAAAAGCUGAGAAAGUACUCAAGAAGGUUCUGGAAUGGAACAAAGACGAGGUGCCCAACAAGGACGAGCUGGUUGGGAACCUGUACAGCUGCAUAGGCAACGCCCAGAUUGAGCUGGGGCAGAUGGUGGCUGCCCUGCAGAGCCACAGAAAGGACCUGGAGAUUGCCAAGCAAUAUGACAUCCCAGAUGCAAAAUCCAGAGCCCUUGACAAUAUUGGCAGAGUGUUUGCCAGAGUUGGGAAAUUCCAGCAAGCCAUUGACACGUGGGAGGAGAAGAUCCCUCUAGCCAAAACCACCCUGGAGAAGACCUGGCUCUUCCAUGAAAUUGGCCGCUGCUACUUGGAGUUGGACCAGGCAUGGCAGGCCCAGAGUUACGGUGAAAAGUCUCAACAGUAUGCUGAGGAGGAAGGGGACCUUGAGUGGCAGCUGAAUGCCAGCGUCCUGGUGGCACAGGCCCAAGUGAAGCUGAGGGACUUCGAGUCAGCUGUGAAUAACUUUGAGAAGGCCCUGGAGCGAGCCAAGCUGGUCCACAACAACGAGGCACAGCAGGCCAUCAUCAGUGCCUUAGACGACGCCAAUAAGGGCAUCAUUGAAGAACUUAAGAAAACUAACUACAGGGAGAUCCUCAAGGAAAAGGCAGAGAAACAGGAGGCCACUGCACUGAUGGAGUUGCCGGUGCCAAUGCAGAAGGAAAGCAGACGGGCUCAGGACGAACCGGAGAAAGUGAUGAAACAGUGGGAAAGGGACCCAGUGGAGAGUGAGAGAGACACCACGGAUGAUGAGGGGUCAAAGCAGAGGACGGAGGAAGAAGACAGGAAGAGCUCUUCAGGACUCAGCCGAAAACUGCUGGGAGACAGUAGGGAAACUUACAGCCAGCUCUCAGAAGACUCCGACCACACAUUCUCAGAGAAUUUAAGCCUAAAGGAUCCAAAGCGAGAGAAGAAAGCAGCAGAAGCUGCCAGAGAGGUUGAAAGGUUGGAGAAAACACAAGAGAAGGAGGAAGUAAAAGAAUGA